AGUGAGGUGUCUUUUGGCGAAACGGACGCGGCUUCUAGCGAUGUGAUUUGUAACGCGUUCGCAAAGGGAGAGAAAUGGGACGAGGAGAGGGAAGCGGCAGGAAAAAAGAGCGAGGGGGGAUUUGGGGAGGGGCGGAGAGGGAGGGGAAGGGGGGAAUUUGCACGCGCAGGAAAAUUGGCAGGUGUCGGAAGGACUGAAACCGCCCGCGCGAGGGGGGAACGUACCAGGGGGGAAAGUGAAUUACGGGAAGGUGGAUCUGGGGAAGCUGGUGUGAGGGGGAAAGGGAAGGGGGCGCAGGAGGGGAUUGGGGGGAGAGAUGCGCUGGACCGGGGGGAGGAAAUGGGGAGGGGGGAGUUUGGGGAGACGGAGGAGGCGGGGGAGGGGGAGGAAGAGAAGGCAGGGGAGGCGGAGGAGGAGGAAGAGGGGGAGAAAAGGGGAGUGGCGGAAGGGGGAUGGAGGGCGAGCAGGGAUGGUGCUGCGAUCAGCAGGGGGAGCGAUAUGGUUGAGGCUAGCUUUCGGUUCCUGGCAGGGGAAGAAGGGUGUUCAGAUGAGGGGGGGAUGGAGGGAGAAGGGAGCCCCUUCGUUACAAGCCCCUCCCAAGCCCCCCUCUGGCCUGCCACCCACCACUCCGAAGCCCCAAGCUCGCUUCCUCCGCAAGCAGAAAUCCGUUCCCACUGCCUCCCUCUCGUCCUUCCCUUCCCCUUCCUCUCCCUCUCCCUCCUCCCUUCCUCCCUUGCCUCCCCCCUCUCCUUCCUCAUCCGCUCCUUUCUCCCCCUCCCGUCGUCCAAGCAUGUCCCGUACUCCUCACACUCCCUCCUCUCCUCGCUCUCCUCGCUCUCCUCUCUCUCCUCGUCCCUUCCCAUCCCGCCCUCUCACGUCCCCUGCCCUUGCCGACUGGCACAAGCCAUCUCCUCUCAGGCGGACUUCAGGGAAGUCUGA